AUGGACCUCAGGGUAGGAAAGAAGUAUCGGAUCGGUCGCAAGAUUGGAUCCGGAUCAUUUGGUGAUAUUUACCUUGGCACAAACAUCAUUUCCGGCGAAGAAGUUGCCAUCAAGUUGGAAAACACAAAGGCAAAACAUCCCCAAUUAGAGUACGAAGCUAAGGUUUACAAGGCUUUGAGUGGGGGUGUGGGUAUCCCGUUUGUACGAUGGUAUGGUACUGAAUGUGACUACAACGCCAUGGUGAUCGACUUGUUGGGACCUUCUUUGGAAGACCUUUUCAACUAUUGUAAUCGCAAAUUCACUUACAAAACAGUGUUGCUUCUUGCAGACCAACUCAUUUGCCGCAUAGAGUAUAUCCAUGCCCGUUGCUUCAUCCAUCGGGAUAUUAAACCCGACAACUUUUUGAUGGGAAUCGGCAGACGGGGGUCCCAAGUCAAUGUGAUUGAUUUUGGCUUGGCCAAGAAAUAUAGAGAUCCUAGAACCCAUUUGCAUAUUCCUUAUAGAGAGAACAAGAACUUGACGGGUACCGCAAGAUAUGCAUCGGUGAAUACCCAUUUGGGGAUUGAGCAAUCGAGAAGAGAUGAUCUCGAAAGUUUGGGUUAUGUAUUGAUUUACUUUUGCAAAGGGUCGUUGCCAUGGCAAGGAUUGAAGGCUGCUACCAAGCGUCAAAAGUAUGAUCGUAUCAUGGAAAAGAAGAUGACUACUCCCAAUGAUAUCUUGACCAAAGGUUUACCCAAGGAAUUUUUGGAUUAUAUGAAUUACAUCAAGACUUUGCGGUUCGAAGAUAAGCCCGAUUACCCUUACUUGAGAAAGUUGUUCCGUGACUUGUUCAAGCGUGAGAAUUAUCGUUACGAUUAUGUUUUCGACUGGACCCUUUACAAGUUCCAACAAGAGAAGCAGAGGGAUAUGGUUAAGAAUCAGGGAGAAGAAGAACGUGAUGACCAGGCAUACCAACAAGUACAAAUCCAACAGAACCAGUCGAAUCAAACUAUGCAGCCACAAACCCUGGUACAGGUUCACAACCAAUCGCAAAUCAUAUCGCAACAACCCACUCAGAACAUACCUGCUACCGGUCUGCCAAUGCAGGGUAUCACACCGCAACCUUUUCUGUCUCGGCCUCAACAACUGAACCCUACUACUCAACCACAAGCUUUCUCUCCAAUGGUUCUGAAAAAGCCAGGGUAUGCCAGCCCUGCUUACCAAAGAUCGUUUCAAGAGGAGAACAAGCCUAGGAUCUUGGGGCGUAAGGAUACCAAGGAGACAUCCAACGAGGAUCGUGAUUUCUGGUUGUAA